CAUGUUAAGGGGGGGAAGUAUUGAAGGGAAAACGGGGUGAAUUCUGAGGGAAAGUGCUCUGGAAAGGAUAUAGUGCAGGUAAUGUAUUGGGAUGUAUAGUGAGGUAAAGGAGUAAUGACUUGGGAAGUGAAGAUAAAUACAGAAGAGAAGGGGUAAAAACUGAGGGAGAAGGGUAACUAACUUCUCCCACUGAGAAAGAGUGGGGAAAUACUUGGGAAUUCAUAGAAACUGGAUAAAUGUCAGGAAGCUAGAGAACAGAAGGUACUGAGUGCGAAUUAGGGUGAGAGGGAAAAUGACAAGCGCAAACCAUUGGGGAUGGGAAUGUAACUAUUGAGGGUUAAAACUGGUGAGUAUCUAUCGGCAAGCAAGGGGUGUGUGAAAGCAAAGGUAGGGCUGGGGGGGCUGCUGGGUGAAGGCAGUGUGAAUAUUGUAAAAUAAGGGAAUGCGGGCAUAUUCAUGCAUCAAAUAAGGAAGUAAAAGGAAAGGUAGAGCAGUGGAGGUGAGAGGGUUCGAGUUAGCUGGCAAGUAUUAUUUACUGGGACCAGGAUAAUUCCGACAUAGUUGUUGAUGGGUUGAAAUCGAGAUGCCUUGGCCCUUUCCUGAAUCGAUUAAGAAGCGGGCAUGCAGGUAUCUGCUGCACCGAUACUUGGACCACUUUCUGGAGGAGAAGUUGAGCCUGGAGCAGUUAAGUGUGGAUCUCUACCAGGGAACAGGCUCCCUCGCACAGGUUCCACUGGUCAAAUCGUCCCUGAAUGAAAUCCUGGAUUCACUUGAUGCACCUUUGGAAAUAAUUGAGGGGUUUAUCCAAAACAUUUCUGUUUCAAUCCCCUGGGCAUCUCUCCUGCAGGAAAACUGUGCAGUGGAGGUACAGGGACUGGAGAUGAUCUUUCGACCCAGACCUCGGAUAGUGUCUGGCUCAGAGCCAAUGUAUUGGUCCAGCUUUAUGACGGACAGUAUGCAGCUGGCCAAAGAGUGCCUGAAUCAGAAAUUGACGGAUGAUCAAGCUGAGGGACCACAGCCAUUCGAGGGGCUUGAGAAAUUUGCAGAAACCAUUGAAACAGUUUUAAGAAGAGUCAAGCUUACAUUUCUAGACACCAUUCUCAGAAUUGAGCACAUCCCAGAGAAUUCAAAAACUGGGAUCGCCCUGGAGAUUCGAAUACAGAGGAUUGAAUACCGUGAUGAAUCUGCAAACGAGAGUGCAGAUAUUAACAUUCAUCAUCCCACAGCUUUCGCCCACAAGAACCUGCAGCUGAGCGGGAUCUCUUUGUUCUGGCACGAGUUCCCAGAAAGUGCAAAGACAUCGACCAGGACUUCGCCAAUGCAGGAAACGGAACCAAAGCUCUCUCCAAGCUGGAACCCAAAAAUAGUUUCGGAACCUCACCCCCAAUUCACGAGGAAAUCUUCUGAUGCUGUUCUCUUCGAUCCGGUCCAGAUUGGGAGCUGUGAAGGGAAAGUGGAACUGGAACUCACCCUAAAACAGAAUGAAGCACUUCCAAUGGCCAAGCUGGAUGUUGAGGGACAGAUCGAGUCUGUCAACUUCUUCCUGUCUCCGCGACAAGUCCACCACCUCCUGGACAUGCUUAGCACCAUUCUGCUGCCAGGGAGUACAGAGGCAGCAACUGUUCAAUCAAAGAGCCGGAGGAAUCGGCCGAUGCAGCAGGAGGAUCAGUAUCUGAUUCAAAUGGAACUCCACCGAUACCUGCAGAAGGAAAAGCUUUCCCCUGGCGUUUCGGCAGAACAGAGCUAUUACGAGACCGAAACAGUUCGAACAACUUCAAGCCGUGCAGAAGAUGAUGUCUUCUUCUCAAUGGCAGACAUGGAAAUGUCGAACAGUGUGGCAUCUCUUCCGCCCCUCGGGGAACCAACUAUUGAUAUGGAAUUAUCGUUGAGCAGCACGCGUGCCAACUCAGCCGGCAGCUCUCCACAGAGUGCUACAGGGUUUUCCACAUCAUGGGAUGACUACCUUGAUCACUCUGGACAAGGGGGUCGAGUGAUACGGGAGUCAGCGUUUAACUCCAAAGAGUUGCCAAUAAUACAGAGACCUCUCCGACCAAGCAUUUCCCCUGGUUAUCUUUCAGGUCUGCAAUCCAAAUCACAUCCCAUUGAUGAAUCCAGACCCCAGGUUGUUGUCCGGCUGACGAUUGGCAGUCUUUCUUUGUCAGUGCUGCACAUCGAUCCACUGCCACCGCCUGAGAGCCCGUUGCACCUUGACCCCCUGGCGAAGAUGGCAUCCCAUUUCUUUGAGCAGUUCAAGACCUUCGAUCUGUCUCAGUUCCCAGCGGGAGAUUUCCACACGCUCCGACCCAAGUUUGCUGUGGCCUGUCCCCAUGAUCAUCUCAGGCUCUUUGCAACUGGCAUGAAGCUGAACUAUGAGCAGCGACGGGGCGCUAGCUCUCGAAGCCUAAACACAGAUGUCUGCAUUAACUGGAUGGAGCUGCUGGAAUGUCUCUUCCCUAUGGAUUCGUUGACUGUCACGCCCCAAUAUACUGAGCUGAUCACGUUUCAAUCAGUGAGUGAGACUGGAGCUCAUCCUGCACCUUCAGUACAACUUCACUAUAAACACAUCGACCGAAGAGGAGUCCAGGGCAGCCAAGGUAGACUGACAUCAGUGCCGCCAAAGGCAGAGCUGCAGAUUGAGCUAGGCCUGAUUCAGUCAGAAUUGGACAUCAGCAUUGUGGAUAGGCUCAACUCAUUAUUGCAACCUCAGAAACUUGCAACAACAGAAAUGAUGGCAUCACACAUGUACACCUCCUUCAACAAACACAUCAGCCUGCAGAGAGCCUUCACAGAGGUUUUCCGUGACGACUCUGCCUCACCUGCCAACCAGCGGACGUCUGUGCAGCUCACUACACCCAUGUUCAAAAUGGCUAUCCGCUUCCCAAUCCCAGACCUUCGGUCUGACCAGGAAAGAGGACCCUGGUUCAAGAAAUCACUACAAAAGGAGAUUCUGCACUUGGAAUUCAGCGAGGCAGAAUUUAAGACUGAAUUCUUUGGGAGCUUAUCCCACGAACAGCUCAAACUGGAACUCACUUUUAAGGAACUGCUUGGUAAAUUCCAGGAAGACCCAGCAACGCCACCGUUCACCUUUUUUAAAGUAUCACAUGAUGCUGAUGGAGACAUGUCGACUUCCGACAGCGGGAAGUUUGAUUGGCCAAGGGUUGUAUUGAAGGUGAAUCCAACAGCAGUGCAUUCCAUCUUGGAGCGAAUAACGACAGAAGAGGAAGAACCCGGGAGUCACUUACUGGAGGAUGAAGAGGGUGGAAGCCAUUCCUUGAAGGACGUUUGUGAUUUGGGAAGGCAGGAACCCUCACCUUUCUCCUCACGAAGAGUGAUGUAUGAAAACGAGGAGAUGGUGAUGCCAGGGGAUCAGUUCGAAAUGGGUCAAUUCCAGGAUAAAACCAUAAGCACCUCCCACUACGUACUGGAACUGAUGUUACCUAAUGUCAACCUUACACUGCCAAACAAGGUAUUCUAUGAGAAAGUGUAUAACAGAAUAAAUAAUGACUUGUUGCUAUGGGAACCUGCUGCCCCAUCUCCUGUUGAGACAGUUGAAAACGUUACUUACGGGGUUGGACUGUCUGUGGCCAGCCAGUUAAUCAACGCAUUUGGCAAAGAGAGUCUUACUCAACUCAAGUCGACACUCCUCCAGGAUGAUGACGAAAGCGGUUCUGAUGAGGAGACGCUGCAGUUCUGCUCGAGCACUGACCCAGCCCACCGGUCACGGCGUAAAAAGAAGGUUGAACAGCAGAACAAGAAUUGCCAGAGCUUCCUGUCGGUCCUUCUCAAUGUUUCUCAUGGGCUUGUGACCAUACACACGGAUACCAAGAGUGAAGAUGGCACGCCGUUAGCUGAGAAGCAUGGUGAAUUUUGGUUAGAGAUUGAAAAUGGAAGCUUGUUCUCUGUGGGAAAGUAUCAGGGCUUCGAUGAUCAGCAUUAUUUCUGUCUCCAGACCAACAAAGUCUUCCUUCGUCACCAAGGAAUGGUUGAGGACGUGUGUGCCCCUGGUGAUGUGAAACUCCCCAGCAAGACUUGGUCUCCAGGGCUUGAACCUACCAUCUACCAGUCUGAGGAGGGUGCUUUGACCAAACAGGCUGCUGCUUCGGUGGGAGUUGGUACAGAUAGUCCAAACAUGCUCUCCAUCGCAGUAAAAGUCCACCACAAUAAGACCGAGAACAACAUGAAGGAGAUCCUCGUGGCUGUCGGGUUACGUGGUGCCACUCUUCGGCACCGCAACGUGCCCCCAGGGCGGAGCUGGUACGAGCAGAUCGUGGAUUUCCUGAAUAUUGCUGAUGAACCUGUGUUGGGUUAUGCUCACCCAGCAAAUGCAACCACAUUCCACCUGCAUCUCUGGAGCUGUGCCCUCGACUACAGGCCACUGUAUUUACCAGUUCGAGCACUAGUGACUGUUGAAACCUUCACGAUAUCCAGUAACAUUGUAUUGGACAAAUACUGCUCCACACUCAGAAUUAUUAUCGACGAUGCUGCAUUGUACUUGUCUGAAAAAUGCCAUUCAGUUGCAGUAAAUUUAAAGCAAGAUUACGUACGAGUCCUGGACAUGGGGUUACUGGAAUUUCGAAUUACUGCAUCGAAGCCAACUGCGGAGCGAGAGCGGUUUCAGCCCCGGUUUGAGCUUCGUUGCUCUAGUGAUGUCAUCCAUAUCCGGACAUGUUCUGACUCUUGUGCUGCCCUCAUGAACCUCAUCCAGUAUGUGGCGAGUUAUGGAGACCUACAUCCACCCUCCAAACUCCACACCACUCCCGGAGCAGCAGCGCAGAGGAGCCGGGCUGGGUCAGGUGACAGCACUGCCUGCAGAACCUCCGGUCUUGCUGAAGCCGAGCAGAAGCUCCUACGGGACCUGAUGAUCGACGCCAUGGAAGAGAUGGACAUUCUGCCUUCUUCACCCCCUGCCGCUCCAACCUUGCAGCAAUCAAAUGGGAUCUACAAUGACCUCAUUCAGGAACGAGAGCCAGCCCGGUCUGACCUUUUCCUCUUCCCCGAUGAGAGUGGAGGUUCUUCGCAGGAGCAGAGCCCAUGUUCCACCAUGAUCCUCCCUGAGCAUCAUGCAGCUUAUCCCUCCUUCCCCAGCGAGCAGCCUGAGAGUGAGGAUUUCUGUAUCUUGGAGGCACCAAAGAUGGCAGUCACGAGAGAGACUGAGCCUGUAGUGAGGCUGUUGAACUCCGGACCGAUCCUUAUCAAGGACGAACACUUCACACGACCAAUCAAGAAGCUGGACACGAGCAAAGCACCACUGCACCUUCCAAUCCCAGAGAUCCGAUACGUGGUGAAGGAGAUCUCUGUUGUAUGGCACCUGUAUGGAGGAAGAGACUUUGGAACUGCCCUUUCUGCACGUUCUCCUGUUAAAAAUAUAAUUACUAAACCUGUUUCAAGCUCUUCCCAAGGCUCCCCGUCUCAGCCUUCAGCCCGCCACAGUCAUUCUGCCAGGCAUAUUCAGGGUGGACCUGGCAGGAACCACGACAUCCUGAUGGAGAUUCAGUUCAGUAAGGUGAAAUUUCAGCACGAAGUUUACCCUCAGACAGAUUAUGAUGUAGAUCCAGGUUCGACAGAACAUCCCAUCUCACGGCAGGUCUUCAUCGUUCAGGAUCUUGAGAUCAGAGACCGUCUUGCAUCAUCCCAGAUGAAUAAGUUCCUCUAUUUGUACUCGAGCAAAGAGCUACCAAGAAAGGCUCAUUCCAAUAUGCUAACUAUUAAGGCAUUACAUGUGAGUCCAGAUUCCACUCAGACACCUCGCGAGUGCUGUCUACGCAUCACGCUUAUGCCCCUUCGACUAAACAUUGAUCAGGAUGCACUGUUUUUCUUGAAGGACUUUUUCACCAGCCUAGCUGCCGAGGUGGAACUGUUAAUUCCUCCAGAGCCCGUCCAGGAGGUGAGAAAAUCUCCUGGAUCCGAAGUCACCGGCAACCUUUCUAAAAAUGGAACCAGUCCUGCAGACCAUGGCCCCAUCAUAACUCUCCCAGGUCAGAGCAAACUCAGGCCGGAUCCUUUGACCACUGCUAGCAGGGUGCCGGUCAGUGAGCUGGGGGGUCCCUCACCAGCGCCAUUCCGAGACCAGCCAAUCUUCUUCCGGGAAUUUCGCUUCACAUCCGAAGUGCCAAUCCGGCUGGACUACCACGGCAAGCACAUGUCCAUGGAUCAAGGCACCUUAGCAGGGAUCCUAAUUGGACUGGCUCAGCUGAACUGCUCCGAGUUGAAGUUGAAGAGAUUGUGUUACAGACAUGGAUUGCUGGGAGUGGACAAGCUUAUCUCCUAUGCAUUGAACGAAUGGCUGACUGACAUCAGAAAAAAUCAGCUGCCCGGUAUUCUUGGAGGCGUUGGACCCAUGCACUCCUUGGUGCAGUUAGUUCAAGGGCUGAAGGACCUGGUCUGGCUGCCCAUAGAACAGUAUCGCCGUGAUGGACGCAUUGUGAGAGGUCUCCAACGAGGAGCAGCCUCGUUCGGGACCUCCACUGCCAUGGCUGCCCUGGAGCUGACGAAUCGACUCGUACAGACUAUACAGGCAGCAGCUGAGACAGCCUAUGACAUGGUUUCCCCGGUUCCUACUACACCUACUUUGAUGAAGACCAAGCGCAUCUCUCAACACCGAUUGGCCCAUCAACCUGUCGAUCUACGCGAAGGAGUGGCUAAGGCGUAUGAUGUAGUGAAAGAGGGAUUCACAGACACAGCUCAUAUGAUCUAUGAGACUGCAACACGGGAGCAUGAGCAGAGGGGUAUGACGGGGGCAGUGGGAGGCGUGUUGCGGCAAAUCCCACCAGCAGUGGUGAAACCAUUAAUUGUGGCGACAGAGGCCACCUCCAAUGUUCUCGGUGGAAUGCGAAAUCAGAUCCAACCGGAUGCCCGUCAGGAAGAGUCCCAGAAGUGGCGUCUCGGCGACCAGUAGCCAUGUGGAAACUUCAAUUUCUUGGGAAAGAGGAAAAGAAACAUUUAGGAAGCCUUGAGAUCCUGGUGCUUGGACCCAGCUGGGAGUCACUAUGCACCACACUUUCCUGCCUGUAUAUUUUGGUCUCACUUAGUUCCGUGAAGUUAAAAGCAAAACAAGCAAUGUCCAUAAGAUGAGCUGUAGCUUUAAAUAAGUUGACUGAUCUGGUGGCUGCGUAGAAUAUUCCCUGGUUUAUUUUAGAGAUGGCAUGGAGAUAUAUUUUUGAAAAACAAAUUGAAUGGUGUGACUGCCUCAGUGAGGAUUCUGCUGCUCCUCUCGGUUCAGUAACGUUGUGGGAUUGAGUCCAUUAUCGAUUGGAUAAACUGAGGAUUGCAAGCCCACAAACUGCAAGGAAUGUCUUGUGGCUUUUUUCUUACAUUGACUUAGAAGCAUGGGUGCCAAUUAUUCUUCUCUCAUCCUAGCCCAGAUGCCUGUGACUGCCAUGUCCCCCAAACCUGCUUAACAACCUGCAACUUCCCAUGGUUCUCAAGCCCAUUGUUCAGGCUCUUAAUGACUCAAAACAGAAUAGGCUUUCUGUUGCUAUGCACUGUUUAAUCAGCUAUUAGACAAUCUGGGGAAUGUGUUGCUUAGAUCUUUUACUGCAACGGAUUUGGAUUGAAUUAAAAGUGUGCAGUAAAUUCCUCAUUCUUAUCUCUUCUCUAAUAGCGUCAUGUGCCCCGGUACUGCAGUGACAAAGCAGCUCCAGCACAUUGAAAAGAUAGGUAACACAAGUCACACAGCUUGAGCAGUUGCAAUAUUGAUCGGAGCUUGGGACCAAGUUGUCUGAACACCUUGGGAGGUGAAAAAUAUAAAAACUCAUAUGUAAGUUUUGUGGCAGAGAGAGGAAAUGAGGGGAGGGACAUGUGACUGUCCAGUAGCUGCCAAUACAAAAUGUUCUGGUUCUUUUGGGGAAAUGUCACCAUUCUCGAGCCUCUGCCAUGAGUUGCCCUCAAUCAGCUGUGGAAACAUUAGCUUCCCCCAUAUUAUGGCAGGAAACGAGCACUGUACCAUUUACAUUUAUUAUAUCCCAAGGCAUCAUUCGUAUCUGCCCCAUGCAACCAAGCGCAAGCUCACGUUCAGCAUCCAGUGUAUCUGGGAAUGUUCUCUCAGUAUUGAAAGGUUAAGACCCUUUCCUCCCUUGAAACAAAUUAAAGCAAAUUAAACCUGUAAUAGAAGCAGCAGAAAGUGAACUUGGCAGAGGAAGGGCUGAGUUUCCCAUAGGAACUGGGGUAAAUGGUGACGGUGUUUCAGGCCCUUGACAUCCUAGAAUUUUUACCUUCAGCGUAAAACUAUGUUGCAUUAGUAAUCUGGUGUCAGCAAGCUAAACCUGUUGCUCUCUCCGUUACCUGUCUGCACUUAGAUUAACCCACUGAGAAGGAGCUGAUACAGCUGCCUGGUAACUAAUCGGCAUAUCCUUCAGAUGGACUUCCCCUCAUAAUACAGUGCAGAGAAAGGUCACCUUCAGAUGGACUUCCCUUCAUAAUACAGUGCAGAGAAAGGUCACUUCCUGCUCUUCAACCGUAGCAUUUUGUGGGAGAGAGAGAAAGAUAAAUGAUUUUAUUAUUUGAUAUUUUUUGGUGCUUUCGAUUUCCUUCGGCCAGCAUUGGGUUGAAAAGGAAGAGAGGCAGAUGACCAGUACGGUUAGGGACGUAGAGUGUAGACACAGGUUAGGAGCAAUUGUCCAAUUAAUUCUCACUCCUGCACCCCUACUGGCUGGAUUAUUAUUCUCCUCGGUGCACUCAGUCCAGCACCUCCUCUCCACCUGCUCCCGUCAAUAGGUCCUGUUGCCCAGAAAGUGCAGCGUACUGCUUGCAGUUGCCAUUAUGAUCCGGAGUAUUAUUUUUAAAAAUUGCUCUCCAAAAAGCAGAACCUAGGAUGGGAUAUGGUUGGAAAACCUCCUCGUUCCCUGCCACAGAGAACAUUUUUUAAAAGUGUAGAGUAAGAAUUAGAAACCUGACUAACUGACCCGAACAUGUAUUGCACUUGCUUUUCAAAACUUGCUGUUAAAAAUUAACUUCCUUGCAUUGUCACUGUGGUCUGUGGAUACUGCUGCAAAUACUGAGUCGGAUUGUUAACAUUUUUGUUGCUUUGUAUAAAUUUUUAAUUUCUUUUGUACAGCAGGUCAUAAAACCUUUUGUGAGUUUACUUAGAAUUUCCUGUUACCAUAACAACUGUACAUAUUUCUGAAUAAUGUUGCUGUGGGUGUAUCAUAGCGAUGGUUAUGAAGGAAUGUACCAUAGUCAAUGUACUUAAAAAAGGGAAGAAAAUAAAUAAUGCACAGUCUUGUGUGUAUGUGUACAUUA